AUGACCAAUAUUAAGAAACCGUAUGCUGGCGUGCAAAUUGAAGCUGAUAUCGGCAAUGAGUUGUCUAGCAUUACGACAAUCUUUGCCAAUCCAAAUCCACUGGUGGGCCCAGAAUCUACACAAUUACGAUGUCCACAAUGUAAAUGCACCGUGAGGACGAAUGUUAAAUAUAAUUCGACCCCAAAAACGCAUUUGGCGUGUACAUUGCUUGCAUGGACUUGCUGUUGCUGCUGUUUGCCGUAUUGCAUGAACUCAUGCCGAAAUGCAAACCAUUUCUGCCCCAUGUGUGACACUUUCAUAGGCACCUACCCGUCCUAA